UAAUGCCGCAAGUGAAGAGCGCUGUCAGCGAAGGUGUACUCACCGAUAAUCCACAUCUCGUAUUGCUCUUCUAUCUGGCGCAACGUUUCCUACACGAACUAAUAAAAAGUUAUCGCCUCAUACAGGUGGUGCCAAUGGACAUGUCCGGUUAUUACGAAAAUCGCGCUGGUCCCUCAAAUCUCGGCAAUGUCAUCAGUCAAAUACUGCUAUGCAAACAAAUAACGCCCGACUUCAAUCAAGAGGAAUUAUGCAGCAUUACAAAGGAUUCACAGGACAUAGCGGUGCUAUUGUCGGAGAUGCAAGAAUAUAUGCCACAACAUGACACAUAUCUGGAGCGCAGUGCAGCACUCGACUCGGUGAAAACCAAUCACAACUUCAUUUGCAAGAACAUGAGUUUAUUGUGCUGCAUGUCACGACCGAGAUAUCUCUGAGACGAAGCGUAGGGCCCGAUGAGAGGGCAGUGCCCAAAUGCAAUAUCAACAACAACAACAACAACAACCACGUCUACGGUACCAGCAAUAACAACAGUAACAACAACAACUAGCACUAGAUUAAGCAAAUGGACGGAUACAUUUUGUCAAUUUUGUCGUACGAAAAGUACAAAUAACAGUACAUAGUAGGCAUUAAAAUGGCGAUAGAAAAGGAAGAGAGGAGCGAUAUAGCGGAAAAUGCGAGAAAUUAUUAAGUAGCUGAAUAGAAGUAAACAAAAUCAAGUAUUUAUUAAGUCAUAUUUAUUUGAGGAAACAUACAUACAUAUAUGAAUGUACUUUAAGCAGCCAUACAUAUGUAAGCAAGUAUGUGGGUAUGCAAGAAAAUAGAUGCGCGUGUGUGUGUGUGUAAGCACUAAAGCAAAGAUAAGACACCAAAUAAGUAGCAGGAAAGCGAAUUAGCAAGUAUGAGAACUUAUUUAGUUGACAAAUACAUAGCUGUAAAUAAAUAAAUAAAUAAA